UAGAGCCAUCCUCCGCUCUUCACUUCUCACUUUCAAUAGAUUCUGUAAACUUGAGGAGAAAACUCUUCAUUUUGUUGUUUUCUUGCCUUUAGUUCUGCUUGAAUUGCUUCUUCAUGGCUUUUCCACCCAAAGCCCUUUGUCUGGUCCUGGUUGCAGUCGUUUGCAUCCAGCUCAGUAAUGCUACGGUGAUACCAGUUAGGUGUGAAUGCCUGAGAACCUCCACCAGACCGUAUUCUUGGAGGAUAAUUAAAGAGUUCUCCAUCACUCCACCACACAGUCACUGCAAAGACACUGAGAUCAUACUCACUCUGCACAGUGUCAAUCCAAACACGGGAAAGAACGAUCAGCGCUGUCUAAGCCCAGACUUGCACCAGGCUAAGAAACUUGAGACGUGCUGGAACAGGAAAAAUAAAGAUGACAAGAAAGUGCUCCAGAUUUCUGAAUGCCUACCGAGAAAGUGAAAGCACACACUCAGAAGAUCAAGACACAUGGAAAGGAGAGUGAGCACAGUGGUAAAACUCCAGACAGUGUGGAGUGCGGGAAUUCCUGUAGCCAUGUGACCAAUGAGAAUCCAAUGGGAUUGAGGGACUGAUGUUAUUUGAGACUCUGACUCCUCCUGGAGUUGGGAAAUCACAACUGAUCAGAUGAACCUUGUAACCAUGUAAGAUCCAGAAACUGUCACAAGCAGAUGUUUUCCAGCAAGAUGUAAUGCUCCUUGGAGAACUGUAAGAAUGAAAGUUGCAGUGUUACCAAUGUCAUGCACAAAACACUAUUUGCAAUUUUUCUAUUUUAACAGCCAGUAUUUAAAACACUUUAUUUUAAAUCUUAUUUAUUUGUUGAAGGAUUUAACGUUUUGUAAUGAAUAAAUUUUUCCAUUAUGUCCAAACGUUUUCUAUUUAGUUUUAGUUUUAUGUGUCUUCCUCGCUUGAGCAAUGAUCAAAUGCACAACCAAGCACAAGAAAUGUUUCAUUAUUAGCCAUUUCUCUGUAGUUAAAUAUGUAUCCUGUAAUUGUAGAGUGAGUGGGUGUGUUUGUUGCCCUGAGGCACCAGAGGCAAAACUGGACUAAAAUAAAUAAUUGCAUUAUCAAUUACAUUUUAAUCAAAUAAGUACAUUUAAAACAUCUGAAUAAUAGUAUUUAGAUAUUACAAGGAGAAGAAAGAAAGAAACUGAGCGAGGGAAAGUGAACAAAUCAUACCAAAUAUGCUGUGGCCUCUUAUGCUCCUUGGAACCACUGGUACUUCCAGAAUGCACUUUGUCAUAUUCUUCAUAACUUUAAUAUUUCAUAAGUCACAUUAAAAGUUGGUGUUGCUGUAA